GAAACCAAGCGUGAACUGAGCGUUGAGAGGGUAACAGAACUCCAGGAACGCAAGUGCAACUGCUACUCUUGGGCAACAAGACGGAUCAGCCAGAGAUGCCUCAGCUGGCCAAUGAGCUGACGAAGGAACUAAAGGCCCUGGAAUUAUCCAAGGCGCAGAUCGGAGACGGGGGGCACCCUCCGUGUCCCAUCAUCAUCGCCAAGGUCGGCGACCUCACACGCAACGUCGACAGCAGCGAGUACGACCCUAACCACGUCGCCAUCGGCCCGUACAACUACCCUCGGCCACAGAGCAAGAACCUGCACCUCGCCAUGGAGAAUGACAAGCUCGCCAGCCUCCAACUGGUGCUCACGGCGGCGAAGGUGGAGAGACCCGGCGUGACGGUGGACAUCUACAUAAAUGAGCUCACAUGCCUCGAGAAGUCUGUGAGGAAAUGCUACGCCAACAUGUUUGAUGACAUGACGGGCGACCAGUUCGUGCGCAUGCUCCUCCUUGACGGCUGCUACAUAAUCUCCCGCCUAGUCGGCCUCCCACACCGAGCAUGCACACAAUCCGCAGGCGUUGCACCGGGGACUGCAGAAGCCGGUGUCCCGUCGGCAAACCGGGUCGAGGCGCUGGCGGUGGUCCGGGAUGUUUUCUUCCUUGCAGAGAACCAGAUACCGUUCUUCGUGCUCGAGAAGAUCGGAGAGCUGACAACUAUGGAUGGUAAGGAUCGUGUGAUUAAGGAGAUUGCAGAGUACGCCCUCAUUCUCAUGAGUCUGCAGAAGUACAUAGUGGGAUCGCCGGCCAUGGUGGUGCCGGAGCUGAUGGUGCCUGGCAAUCUUCUCCAUCUUCUUCAUAUGCACUUGCUGAAGCCUCUUGCAACCUCCGUCUCGCCUACUGCAACAGUCAACGGAGCCAAUCCCGUAUCUGUGCGCCGAUGGCGCUCGGCGACGGAGUAUAGCUUCGCAGGGGUGAAGUUCAAGCGUCGGUCCAUGAGCGAGCCGGGGCUCCUACGUUGCAUUCUUGACGUGGAGCUGGUCGGCGGCGGCACACUGGAGGUCCCCGAGCUGGACAUCGACGGCGAGACGUGGCGACUAUUGCGCAACCUGAUGGAGCUUGAGCAGCGGAACCGGGAGACGGUGGGGAGCCACGUCACUGCAUACUGCGUGUUCAUGUCACAGGUGGCCUGCACCACCAAGGACGUGGAGCUGCUGUGGAAGAAGGGCAUCAUCGUGCACAGCCACGGCAACAAUGACGAGGUGGCCAAAUGCUUUGCCGACCUCUGCAAGGGGAUCCAGUUUGACCCUAACGACCCCGGUUGCAAUUACCUGCGGGAGACAUGCUCGAAGCUGGAGAAGCGGUCUCAGAGUUACUGGCGGAGGUGGAUGGCGUGGCUGAGGCGGAAGUACUUCAGCAACCCUUGGCUCGCCGUCGGGCUCCUGGCUGCUGCCAUUGGCCUAGUUUGCACUGUCGUCCAGGCAGUGUACUCGGCUUUGAGUUACAAACAUGGAGGAAACUAAGAUAAACUAUUAUUACGUGUUGUAACGGUUCAACUUGUGAGUAAUACUCCCUUCAUCACGGUUUAGAAGGCGCACUUCAGUUUUCAAAAUAGGAGAGGAUUAAGGCGUGUUGGCAAUUAAUGCAAAGUUAAUUAGGCCGUUUUGAGUGCACUUCGGCUGCAUGCGGUCGGUCUCCACCACUGCAUGCCCU